UUUGAAGAUUACUGCACACAUUAAAUGCAGAAAGCCAGCUUGAAACACGCUUACACAAGUUACAGUCCUUACUCCUUACACAACGCCGUAUCAAUCAAUUACUCCUCAAAUAGCUUCACACUCACAUACAUAAACAUAACACACUUUCUUUCUCAACAUUUAUAAUCCUUCCUUUUUUAUGUCAUCCUCUCUUUCACAAUUUCUAUGUGUCCUCCAUGCUCUCUUUUUUUACCUAUACAAACAAAUUAUUUAACUGUGAUUGUUCUAAACUUGUCAAAUUUUAAGACCCUUUCUACCUUUUUUUUAAACCAAAAUAAUGGGAAGGACACCUUGUUGUGACAAAUUGGGGUUGAAGAAAGGUCCUUGGACAAGUGAAGAAGAUGAAGUUCUUGUUAAUUUUAUUAAGAAAAAUGGUGGUCAUGGAAGCUGGCGUUCUCUCCCUAAGUUAGCAGGCCUUCUUCGAUGUGGAAAGAGUUGUCGGCUAAGAUGGACAAACUACCUGAGACCUGAUAUUAAACGCGGUCCCUUUACACCUGAGGAAGAAAAACUAGUCAUACAGCUUCAUGCCAUCCUUGGAAAUAGGUGGGCUGCAAUAGCCUCUCAGCUACCAGGAAGAACUGAUAAUGAGAUCAAGAACUUAUGGAACACACACUUAAAGAAACGUCUGAUAAGCAUGGGAAUUGACCCUCAAACCCAUGAACCAAUAUCCUCAUCACAUUACUAUCCAAUUGACAAAUCACAUUCAUCAAUCGCCACACGCCACAUGGCUCAAUGGGAAAGUGCAAGACUUGAAGCAGAAGCAAGACUCUCAAAAGACUCAUCUUUGUUCAACAACAAAACUACUGAUUCUGAUUAUUUCCUUAAGAUGUGGAACUCUGAAGUUGGACAAUCUUUUCGCACCGUUCGUAAAUCAGAUUUCGACGAUGAUGAGGAGAAAACUAGGUGUCAAAGCUGUAUGUCUCAAGAAGGGUCAUCUUGUAAUAAUGAUAACAAAUGUGGAUCAGUUUCUGCUACUACUACAACAGAUUUGGCUUCAUCAAGAAAUGUGAAGGAAGAAUUUGAGUGGAAAAACUACAAGUUAUUUGAUAUAUGUGGUUAUGAUUCAUCAAGCUCUAAUGAUCUUGAAGAUUCAUCUGACACUGCAUUGCAGCUCUUGUUGGAUUUUCCUUCUAACAAUGACAUGAGCUUCUUAGAAUGAAGCUUUUCUUUAGCAACCUUUUUUUUAGUGAUUUUGUAUGAUGAUUUGGCUAAUUUUGUAGACUACUAGUAGUGUUUAGUAUGUAAGCCAUUGGAGAAGUAUUAGAAGACUGAUUAUGUAGUAAAUUUGUUGGAUGGAUAUGAUGAUGGCUAUAUUAUAUAGCACUAUGAUGACAUUGUGGAAUAUUAGGUAGUUAGGCUUAUUAGCAUCACUAAUGUGAAUUAUACAUUCUCACAUGUAUGUGCUAUGUCUCCUUCAUAUUUAAUGCAUGUUUGGAUUUGCAGCCAGUUUAGUAAAA